ACCUACUGUCAAAAACCACACUAAUCAAAUUGGUCGUUGUACAAAAUUUUUAAAAUUUUUUUAUAAAAACAUUCAUUACACCCAAAUAAAACAUAUUUUAUCGAAAACCACACAUAAUGGAGGAUGCCUUUAAUAAACUGAAAAAGGAGGGCAAGAAUAACGUGGACGCUUUAGUCAAGUUGAUGCAGGAUAAUAAACUAGUCGAAGGAACAAAAGCGUCAGAGGAGCGAGCUCGCAAGCUGUUCGAAGACGUUAAGAACCAAGCUAACGUGGACUACAAGACCUUCCAGGAGGCACUGGCCAAGCUGGCAGCCGACCAGGCCAAGUCUGCGGAGAAUCUGGCCCAGAACCUGUCAGCUGAAGGGUCCAAGUUCAUGCAGGCCACCUCCGCCGCCGCAAAAGCCGCCGCCGAGACAUUCAAAGAUGCCAUGAAGAAAUAAACAGAGUUUUGCGUUU